CUGAGCCCCAAGUCUAUCACUUUCAUCCCGUUUCCCCUGCCUUGCUCUGUCAGCAGAGCGUGUGUCUGAAAAACAGUGCAUUUUAUCGGCUAUGGACAAUUCAAUUAGAGUCAAUUUUCCUCCUGUUUCACUUAAGGUAAGAACUGACUCUAUGUUUUGUCGGUUGAUGCUGUUUUUGCCCUCAUUUGUGAGCUGGAGGUCCAUAUAAAAGCAGGAUCAUUUCGUUACAGUGCUAAACCUAUCGUUUCUGUUUUCUGUUUUUUUGUUUGUCAUGUAAAUUAUUUCCUUUGUUAAACGGCUAUUGUUUUAUUUCUAGAUUGUUGUUGCUGUUCAUUUCGUUUUAACAAUUUGGUAAGUUCUCUAUCAGCUAUUUUUAUUUGCAACAAAAUUUAGGAAAGCCCGUAAAUCAUGUGACAUUUUGGGGUUAAUAAAUCAUUGCUAUUUUGAUAUCGUGAUCAUAUGAUAUUACAGUAUUUGUUGCUUUAUUGUGCACUUUGUCAUCAUUUUCCUUUUUUUAUAAAUUGAUAUGUAUUUUAUUAUCACAAAUAUGAUCGCUUCAAGGUAGCCUACAAAGCGGGCGUAUUUUGCAGGGCGAACGAUUUGGACGUAGAACUGAUGGGGAGUUAGGGCGAGUCAAAAAAUGAUUCCAAGAGAGAGGUUGAUGGGUCAAAACAGGGGAGGGGGAGGGGAGGAAAAAUAUGCCUGCACACAGCCAUUGUUCAUUGGCGAACGCUAUACACCGGAUAGACAGGGGCUCUGAUUGGUGGGGUGUCGGAUGCCAACAUUUUGAUGAAUUAAACAAGAUGGAAUAAGCGUUAUAAAGUUUGAGGCAGCACAACUUCACUUUUUAAGUAACAUUUUCGUAGCCCUUGCCGUCAUUGUUGCUUAAGCUCCCUAAUGAUGAUCAAAUUCUCUCCCCCGCUCAGGGCCUUACAACAGCAGAGCCUGGUGGCUCGUGGUACCAGACAUUUGCUUUUGGUUACUUUUGCCAUCUUUUCUUGAUAUUGUUUUAUUACUUAUCAUUGCUCAUGCAUUAUAUUAUUAUCAUUAUUAUUAUUAUUAUUAUUAUUUAUUAUUAUUAUUAUUAUUAUUAUUAUUAUUAUUAUUAUUAUUAUUAUUAUAAUCAAGAAAAUGAUAGAUAUAGCCAUUAGAGGAACAUAUUACAUCUUUUGUUGUAGGAACUGGGAUAGCCCAGACUUAUGCAAUUUUGAUGUCUUUUUUUUUUUUUUUUUUUUUUUUUUUGGUUUUUUUUUUUUUUUUAUUUUUAACAAUCCAAUCUCAAGUAACAUUUGUAAAUAGCCUAUACGUAUGUAUAUGUACAUUCAAAAACAGAAAUAAACUUUCCAUUAUUAUUAUUAUUACAAGUGAUACCAGUAAAAGUAAAUUAAAAUUAUUUUACACUUUAUAAAGCUUCCAGUUUAAACCUUAAAAUAAUUUAAUCAAAAAGGGUCAGCUUUUCUGUUUUUCUUAGGUGCGGCAUAUUUAUACAACAAAGUCACGGUUCGAGGUUGUCCGCUAUAGUGAGAAGUGAUUCCAUUUGCUUUUAUUGAAAUGGAUGGAUGAAAAUUGAUCACUGUUUUUGAUAUAAAAAUCAUGCCCAGUUUAAACAUACAAAUCAUGUCAAAGAAAAGGAAAAUCAAUUAUUACUGCUGAUUCUUAAGUUGUGGCACAAGCCGAUUAAUAAAAUGGAUUUAAAAAGAGAGAUACGAAUUACUCUUACUGAAAAGAAAACAACAACUUAAUAACAGCCUGCAAACCACUAAGCUCAGAAACUUAACAUGUUCUAGGCUCCUUUCAAAUGUGGAAUUUCUUAUGACAGGGCUCGACUUUCAGAAAAAACUCCUUGGGGCCAGCUGGCCUCCAAGUUUUCAUUUUUGGUCGCCAGGACAAGUAUUCUAGUCGCCAAAAAUUGUUUAUCUUCAAGAAAAAAUAGAGUACAAUAUACUAAAGGUCUUUUAAUAAACCUCAACAAAAUCAUCAACAUAAAGUUACAGAAAGUGAAUCCUGAAUACAAGAGAAGACCUUCUACAAAACAGGCUACAUAGCCCUUACAAUAGCACUUGUUGUAAAAUUCAUUUUUGUGUAUUUAUGUAUUCCGUUACCAUUAGAAACAGAUAGCUAACGAAUACCUAACGGCUUUUCUACCACUCUAACGGUUUGUUCUAACGCUCCAACGGAUUGCUCUUACAAUCUAACGGUUGAUUCUUAACAGCUAACAGUUGGUCCGUCUAACAUUUGACUUUAACUUUAUUUGCAAGAGAAAAUCACCAGUGAUGAAUUGAAGUCAACUUCCGUCAAAAUUAAUCCGGCAAAUCGAUAAGAAGGUCACAAAUAUCUUGGGGGCCAGCCUGGAGACCAGGCGUGAAAAGUUGGUCGCCACUGAAUAAAAUCUAGUCGCAUUGGGGACCCCAGGGGUCGCAACGUCGAGCCCUGUAUGAGUGCCGAACACCUAUUUUAGUCGAUCAAAGUAAUUAAAUAGGGCAGUUGAUUCAGACGUCAAAUAUGAUGGUGCCAAAUUUAACUUCAUUUGUUGUAAAUAUUUCCAGUCUCUAGAAAAAGUUUUUGUCCAAUUUGGAUAAGGGUUUCUCAGAGUUGUCAGAAAGUUUUGAAGUAGACGGCUAAGUUGUCAAAGUAAGCGGCCAGUCCAGGGAUAUUUUAUUUAAAAAAUGCCAUCCGUAAAGAAUGCUAAGCUGAGUGGCUGGCCAAUACUAACCAAGUAGGUGGCAAUUUUCAUCGGCAGCCAGCAACUUUUGAUGCAUUAUAUUCGGCACAUGUGAAAUGCGACUCCUAAAUCAAAAUGAUGUUGAAUUUAAGUUGAAUUUUCAACUGUUUCAGUCGCAGAGUUGACAAAAUCGUAUUAAAUUUGAAACUGUCAAAUUGAGUUGAUUCAGUCGUCCCUUCUCAAAGCAGUUACCUCUCAAAUUAAGUUAGGCACAUCUGAAAAUCGACAAUUGAGCUAGGUAACAGCGUCCAGUAUUACUAAAAAUACCGGUAGAUACGCUAUGGUACAUACAGCAUUUUUCAUAUUCCUGUAAACUUUGCUUUCAAUUUACCACAUUAUGUUACUAGCUAUAUACAUCACACAGGUAAAAAAGAGAGAGAAAAAAGAUUUUAAAAAAAGAAAAAUAAUAAGUUUACAAAAAUUGGCGUCAAGGGGAUUCGAACCCAGACCCUCAGAAUCAGUUAGAACUAAAAGUUAAUGCCUCUCACUAUCCACAGGAGCACCCGGGUAAAUUCUGACAAUUUGAGUGUAAAAGAGGUAUAUAUAUUCCUUCUCUAUAUGGUGAUUGACGGUUUUCCAGGAUGACUUUUUGGUUUUUUUUAAAUUUCCGUGUGGAAUUAAAUCUUCAACUGAUCGAAGCUAGAUGUAAAGCUCACUAUUAACACAUUAAAAUACUCUUUCAGGCUUGGUCCAUGCCGGGGAACGUUUAAGAAAUUUAUGAGCCAUCGAUCAAGCUCGCAGCUACCGACUGAACCGUAUGACCGUACAAUUCUCUCCCUGCUUGUGAGGUUAUCGGUCAGGGGAAACAUUAACACAACAUUGUUCAUCAUUAUUUCCAUUGUUUUAGGUUACAGUAGCAAAUCAUUUGGCUUUUAGGGUUAGAAGAGUUGCUACGUGACCUCUCUUCCCGGAAUGAAGAAAAGCAAUAUGGCCGCCUAGUACAUCCUUUUAGAGACAAUACAGUGUAAAGAAUUGUUGAGAAAAACAGCCAAAGCUUGCCAAUUUAUGACACAAAAGUACUUUAAAAACGAACUAAAACAUUCAAAACACUUUGAUCUCGUAACUGAUGACGUCAUGUCCCUCUUUUGGUCAUGAAAAAAAUCAUCAGGUAGAACAUUAUUUUCCUGCAAAUUUUCUCUGCCGUGUGACCAAAGGUUGACUCUCUACAGCCCUCGGCCUAUUCUCCCUACUUUCUUGUUCAUGUUCAUUACCCCCUUAAAUUUUAAGUGCCGGAAGUCAACUGGUUAUUUUUAAAUGCCCUACACAACAAAAACCUCAAAUAUACUAUUUGUUUUCAACUCGUUAAUGAAAUCUUUCUCACAGCAACAAAAAACCUAAUUCUGAAAUAGUCACAUGACUGAUGAGGUCAUUACCUUAGAUGUGACAUGGAAGAUAUUUUAUGGCAAAUGUUAUCCUGUUGUGGUCUGACAGUCUUCUACAUAUAGAAUUGUCAAAGUUAUAAUUUAUAAAGCUUUAUAAAUUGCCUCAUGCAGAGGAGAGAUUUUUUUUAUGAUAAUUAUAAUUUACUUUUAUAAUUAUUAUUAUAUUUCAAGCAUUAACUGUUAAUGAAUAUUUUAUUCCAUUUUAUUUUUGCAAAGGGGAGAUCAGAUAGGAUGGCUACCUGGCUCAUAUCUAUUUUGUAAUUUGUUGGUAUUGACAGUGGGGGUCUGGGCUAUAGCUUCACCAACAAAUGAGGACGCAUCUCAAAUGGUAAUUGCUUAUUGUAAAUCCCUUUCACUCCUGCAGCGCAUAAAAGUAGAACAAUUUUCAUUUCUUAUGCUGUAGCUCUUUUGCACACUUGGGGUAUGCUAAGAUUUUUGGGAAAAAUAAUUUCUGCAUUUAUGAAGAAGUGCAGAAUAGGUGUCAGCAUGUUUUCAUCCCUGAGGGAAGGAGGGAGGGGCAAAAAACGAAAGAAUGAAUAGAGCUCUCAGACCAUGGACACAAAAGACAUUGAAUUGAUGAUAUAUUAUAAAUACCAAUCCCAGUACCUAGGGGUGAUAUGAAAAAAAAUCACAAAUUUAAAAUAACGUUCAAAUUUGUUUGUUGUGAAAUCUUUAGAUACAGUAUAAAUACCUCUUAUUAGCCGAGUUUUUGGUCCGUACUGUAAAUUACGGACCAAGUUUUUUUCCAUCGAUUUAUGGCCCAAGCGCGAAGCGGGUGGGCCAUAAAUUGAUGGAAAAAAAACAAGGAUCCGUAAUUUACAGUACGGACCGAAAAAAUGAGGCUAAUUUAAAGAUGUUUAUUAUAUGGCUUCCUCCAGUUUGGGGGACCGGAAACA